GCCCGCUCUAUCUCCCUCAAGAUUCGAUUGGUAAGGUCAUGUGGUCUGAUUUGAUCCAGACUUCUAGAUCCGACCUGUAAUGUGGAUAUUUGAUCCGCAUAUUUCAUCUUAUUGACUCCAUUUUUAGCCGGCAUAGGGGAGAGAGAGAGAGAGAGAGAUGUCUCUGGUUGAUUACGCUUCAUCUUCAGAAGACGAGGGAGAAGCCGGAGAACAAGGAGGAGAAGAUAAUGAAAAGGGCAGCCCUCCGUCUUCGGUUCCAGAGUCUCAUAGCCAGGGAUUGACAUCCUCAUCUACUGAGAAGCCAGAUAAUGCUUUACAUGCAUCUACACCUUCAAUUGAGAAGCUUCCAGAUGCUUCACUCCUUCUUAGUUCACCUACUUUCUCAUCUCAUCAAAUAGGUGGCAGUGACCAUUCCUCUAGGGUUGCUGCUGCUAUGGCACAAAGUGCAUCAAGGAAGAGAGAAUCAAAUGGACCAACUUCCUCUUAUCCCCGGAGUAAAAUUCCUAGAGGGAACUUACCUCAUUCAAGAAGUGUGCCAGAUACCAUAGGUGGCCUUCUACGCCCACCUCAGCUUAAUGGAAGCAGGAGCAACAUUGUAACUGAAGAUAUCAGCAAGUUAUUUGUAAAAAGACGGUCUGAACCUGCCUCUCACUAGAUCUCCAUAAUCCAGAUGCAAGGGCAUUUUCUGAGUUGUGAUAUUUAAUGUAUCAUUUGUUGGUAAAACUUGACAAACAUGUUACUAGUUGAAGGGUUUAGCAUAUGUACAAUGCAUGAAAUAUUUCAUCCUUUUGUGGCAGCUCAUUCAACCUUAGUAAACUGAUUUGUUUUGGGAGUCUUUGGCGGUGGAAUAGAAGUGAAAAUGCUCCCAUCUUGCCUCUGGUAUCUUUCCA